AUGCAGAUCGCGUCCGUGCUGAUGUAUGGCUUGCGCGGGGCAAAGAAGUUGUUCUCGGAGAUGCUGCACAGUCUUCUCGAAGCCCCCAUGUUGUUCUUCGACACUAACCCCAUCGGCCGCGUUCUCAAUCGGUUCGGCGACGACAUCCUUCAAGUGGACAUGGCCAUUCCAUUCUCCGCGACAUCGAUGCUGAUACAUACGGCCUCCGCAAUAGCAAAACUCGUCACGACCAUCGCCAUCACCCAGUGGAUGGGACUGAUCGUGUUGCCGCUCAUGGCUGUGUACACUUUAUUGGGUUUGUACUUUUUGGCCCCGUUGCGGGAAGUGAACCGCAUCCAAAAGACGACGCGGUCACCGCUGUUGAGUUUGGUCAGCGAAGGCAUUGACGGCUCCACGACAAUCCGAGCGUUUGGUGCCAAGUACAUCCGUCGCUUCAACCUUCUGCACGACAACCUCCUGGAAGAUUUUGUGGCCGCUAAUUUGGUCGGAGUGACGGCCAAUCAGUGGUUUGCGUUGCGGGUGGAGCUGAUCAGUUGCUCGAUCGUGUUUGCGCUUUUGAUGGGGGUUGUGGUGAUGCACGACGCCAUCAGUGCCGGGCUCAUUGCGCUCGUGAUUACGUAUGGUUUGAGCAUUCCUGCCAACUUGGCGGGGCUGGUUAACAUCUGGGCUCGGAUGGAGACGGCGCUGAUCGCCCCCGAGCGACUGCACGAGUACAUCCGGCUGACCAAAGAAGGCGAGCGGCACACGCCAUUGGACGAAGCGUCGACGUCGUGGCCGUCCCAAGGCCAAGUGCAGUUUGACAAUGUGAGCUACCGCUACAAACCCACGGACCCCCUCGUGUUGAAAGACGUGAGUUUCACAGUCAAUGGGGGCGAAAAGGUGGGUAUCGUCGGACGGACGGGCGCGGGCAAGUCCAGCUUGAUGAUGUCGCUGUUCCGCAUGAACGACGUCGCGGCCGGCCACAUCCGCAUCGACGGCAUCGACAUCGCCGACGUCGGCCUGCACAACCUGCGCAGCCACUUGGCCAUCAUCCCCCAGAACCCCGUCCUGUUCAAAGGAACACUGCGCAACUACUUGGACCCGUUCGACGAGUACGAUGACGACCAGCUGUGGCUCGCGUUGCAAAAGGUGCAGCUGGAUGGUCGCAUCGGCGCCGACUCGGACAAGCUGCUGGGACCCGUGGAAGAAAACGGAGAGAACUUUAGCGUGGGCGAGCGCCAGAUGCUGUGCAUGGCCCGCGCCUUGUUGCGCCAGGCCAAGAUCGUCAUCCUGGACGAAGCCACGGCAGCCAUCGACCACGACACCGACCAGCUCCUGCAGCAGGUCGUGCGCUCCGAGUUUGCGUCGUCCACGGUGCUCACCAUCGCCCAUCGCCUCGACACGGUGCUCGACUGCGACCGCAUCCUCGUGUUUGACCAAGGUCAAUUGGUCCAGAACGACACGCCCGCAGCGCUGGUUCACGCUGGCACGGGCAUCUUCUUUGAACUCGUCACCGAAGGCGGGUAUAGCUUGGACAAGCAGCUGUAA